CGUUUGGCGUUUCUCAUCCGAUGUCACUCAUGAUGAAAACAAACACAGUUUCAUCCGUUUUCACGGAACAGUGAAAUAAAAGUACAUAAUCAAAAUUUUAGAUUACAUAGAAGGCUUGUACCUAAUAUAGAACUUAAAAUAAAUUGUAAUAAUCAAAAUGGAUUGCUAGCUGCCUGGAACAAGAGUUUCACUGCAACGGUGGAAAGUGUGUAUGCAUAAAUUGCAUCCAUCCAGUGCUUAGUGGCCUAGUUGUUAUUUUUAUCAGUCUCUUACGGUUGUGAAUUGAGAAAUCGUGUUCAUUGUGCGGAUUAAAGAAGUCGAUACCAAAUCUCCCAAGUUCCUCACCAGAAUAGAACAGCUCUAGUAAAAAUGAAUAACUACAUAAAAUUUAUGGAAGUGCUAGGAAAUGUUAAGCAUCUAAAACGAACUGGAUGGGUACUAAGAAAGGUUAAAGAUUGUGAAACCGUAUCGGGUCACAUGUACCGGAUGGCGAUGAUGUCAUUUUUUCUGGAGGAUAGCCACGGUUUAGACCGAAUUCGUGUGAUGGAAAUGUCCCUUGUCCAUGAUUUGGCGGAAGGAAUCGUAGGGGAUAUUACACCUUACUGCGGAGUUUCAAGAGAAGAGAAACUGUUGAAAGAGUUUUCUGCCAUGACAGAGAUAGCCGAUUUACUUGGCCCCAACAAGGAUAGGAUGAUGGCAUUGUUCAACGAAUAUGAAGAAGGCAAGACGCCAGAAGCAAAGUUUGUGAAAGAUCUUGACCGGCUUGACAUGGUAAUGCAGGCAUACGAAUACGAAAAACGUGACAACUGUCCCAUGAAGUUGCAGGAGUUUUUCGACUCGACGGAAAAUAAAUUCUCUCAUCCUUUGGUUGUCGAUAUUGUAAACACUAUCAAGGAUCAGCGAACAAAAAGUUCUAAAACGACUGCCAAUCCUGGUAGUAAGCAGUGAAAAAACAGGGUUGUAGUGAGGCAAUAUAAAAUAUAUUAAAUUUCCAGUUUCUUGUUACAAUGAA